CAAUGGAGCUCGCACAUGCGCAAGAUGCUGCACCCUUAUUGGGGGACGAAUCUGUUACUCAACGCUAAGUACCGCCCAGAUGCCUGCAACUUCGAGCGUCCCUCUCCGAGGAAACCGCCGCGCCCCGCCACAUUGACCGUUGAUUGGACAGACAUCGCGGUAGGGGGCGGAGUCGUGGUCAGGACGCAUCGCGAAUGGCAGAGAGGCUUGUCAGUCAAGAGCUGGGCGGGACGCGGGUCUGGCGGCCGCGUUCGAACCGCAGAGCUGGGACCCGCGAGCAGCAUGGAGCGGCUGGGUCGGAGCGCGGCGCGCGCGGGGGCCGCCCCAGAAGUUGAUGAUGAUGAUGAAAGAGAAGCAGAUGCCCAUGAUCCCUGUUGCUCUUUUGAGAUGAAGCAGCUCUUUGGAGAGUUCCAUAUGUUGUAUCAAGAGCGCCUGCGUCAACUCGAAAUCAUGGAUGAUACACAGGAGGAGGUUCUCAGAAUGAAGGUGAGGCUUCUCCAGUCCUACGUAAUGGACCUGAGUGACCAGAAUAGUGUCUUAGUUCAGACGAUGGAAGAGCUGGAGAGAGAGUCUGAGUGGAAGGUGGCUACACUAGAGGCAGAGCUUCAGGAGUAUGUUGCCAGGGUAACAGAGCAUAAGCAGGAGAACUGCACCUUGCAGAUCACAAAGGCAAAUCUACAGAAAGAAAUUUCACGCCCAUUCCUGGCUCAGCGCCCGGUGCCAACAGAACACCUUUCAGGAUCCACAGCAGCGCAGAUAACUGUCACUCCACCACAGCAAAUGAUGGAGCAAGAAGAACUGAGAGUUCAACUGGCAUCUAAAGAGCAGCUUAUUCAUCAGGUAAAUGUCCAUCUGAGGGAGGCAAAUCACAGCCAGGAAAAGUCAAAAGCAGAGAUUCUGGAGAAGGAAGCUAAAAUUCGGGAGCUGCAGGAGAUAAUCACAGACCUUCACCAUGAAAUUUCCCUGAAGGAUUUGGAGGCAGUCAAUCAACUGGAGGAGAAUCACCUGCUGGAGACCACAGUGCAAUCCCUCAGGCAGAUGCUGGAUGCUCAAGAGCAGAGGAUCUAUCAACUGCAGACCAAGCAGACGGAGAGGCAGGCAGAACUGGAGCAGAAAUGCAGCCGGAUCCAGCAGCUCGAACAAGACCUGGAGGCCAGCGGCAGGCUACAGGAGGAAUCCCAGAGGCAGCUUGGGGAGUGUAAUGCACGUCUGGUCCAGGUAGCAGGAGAGAAUGAGGCUCUACGAGGCCAUCGGCUUGAGCAGAUGUUAGAGAUUGAGAAACUGAUGUCCAGCCUGAGGACCUGGGAAAAAGCCAGUGGGAGUCUUUCCUUUGAGAUGCCAGCACGCCCGUGGGAGGAGCAGGCAGAGCUGCAGCAGAGACUUGCUGAUGUUCAGGAUGAGCUGCGGAAAAAAGAGACAGCAGUGCACAGGCUCCAGGCCGAGCUGCGGGAUGCUAACCUGCUGGCACAAGAAACAAAGAAUCAGCUUGCUGAGGUGGAGGUGGUCACCAUGAGGAGCAAAUAUAGCAUGGCACAGAAAGAGAUGAGCCAGCAGCACCAGACCAUCCGGGCACUGGAAGAGAAGCAAGCCCAUCUGCAGGCCCAUUGUCACCACCUGGAGGAGGAGACUGGCUUUCUGCAUGCCAGGCUAGAGGCCCAAGGCCUGGCACUGGAGAAUGAGCAGACGCUGGUAACCAGCCAAGUGAGCAGCGCUGGCACUGGGAGAAAGGAUGAGCACUCCUGCUCUUUGCAGCAGGGACACUUACGCCACAAAGAGGAGCAGGUGGCGCCGUUAACAAGCAAGCUGCUGAAGGCAAAGGCUGAGGCACAAGCAGCUGAGCAGAGGGCCCGGCGCUGGGAGGACACCAUCGGGCAGCUGAAGGAUGACCUGGCAGCAUCCCAGGUCUCGCAGGAGGCAGCCGAAUCCAGAGCCCAGCGCAAAGAAGAGCAGCUGCAGGGUUUGCAGAGGAAAAGGCAGUCACUGCACCAGGAGCUGAAGAUGGUGCAGAGCGAGGCGGCCCAGCUGGAGGCGCUGCUGAGCACGUCGCAGCUGGAGUCAUGUUCCCUGAAGAAGGAGCUGCGGAGGAGAGAUGAGGAGCUCCAGUGCCUGCAAGAGCAGCUCCGGGAUUCUCGGGAAGCACUGCCGGGUGCUAGGCAAGGGAAAGAGGCCAUCCAGAAGGAGUCAGAGACCCAGCUGCUGCAGCGUGACCAGCUGGUGGAGCAGCAGAAAGCGGAUCUUGUGGCAGCCCGAGAGGAGCUCUCCAGGUGCGCAGGGCAGCUCGCAGAGCUGCGUGCAGCCCAACAGCAGCAGGCUGGGGAGCUGGCCGUCCUGAGGGAGAGGCAUAAGACCACGCAGCAGGAGGUGUGCAGCCGUGACCAGACCAUCGGGAAGCUCAGAGGAGACCUGAAAAGUGCUGAGGAGCAGCUGGUGCGAGCGAAGGAUGAGGGGAAGGAGAGAGCCGCAGAGGGGAGCGGCCUGAAGGGGAAGCUCCACCAGCUGCAAGAUGACAUAAGAAGCCUGCAAGAGAUCUGUGGGGAGCGGGCACAGGCCAUGGCGGAGCAGACCUGCUGCAUCCAGCAGCUCCAGCAUGAGCAGGAGAUCUGCAUCAGCCAGAGCCAGCAGCAGGUGAUGCUAGUGGAGCAGCUGCAGGGGGAGCUCACAACCCGCGAGCGAGCCCACCAGACAGAACUGGAGCAGCUGCGGGCCAAGCUGCAGCACCUUCAGCAGGAGCUGGACGUCUGCAAAGGGAAGAACCAAGAUAAUCUGAGCCACCUGCAGCAGCGGGAGUCCACGAUGGAGAGGCAGAGCUCGCACCUGGAGUUCCUGCUGCAGCAAUGCCAGACACUGAAGGAGGAGGUGUUCUACUACGAAGAGGUGGUGCAGAAGCAGGAGCGGGAGCUCUGCCUGCAGCAGGAGCAGCUCCAAGAGGCGCAGGAGCACCUGGCCAUGGCCAAGAGCAAGAGCAGCUCCACCGAGAGCAGCCUGGAUCUGUACAAGAAGAAAUACCAGGCCGCCUUGAACAGAGCUGGCGAGCUGGAGGGCAAGGUGCAGAGCCUGGAGGAGCAGCUCCGGGACAUGAGCAGCCAGAUGUGGGAGUGUGAUGACACCAUCAACCUGUGCAGCAAGCAGCUGGUUCUGCAACAGGAGAUGACAGGCAGAAGGAACCAGGCGGCCGUGGAGCAGCUGACUCAAGAACUUCAUGCCAUGCAGGAGGAGCUGUCCAGGAGCCUUCAGCACACCCACCAGCAUGAGCAGAGCAUCCAGGCCCUCCGAGAGCAGCUGGCUGCCAGUCAGACCAAGUGCUUGGAAGCUGAAGAGACGCUGGUGCACGUGCAGACGGAGUUUGCCUCCUACACAGCCACUCACAGUCACUCCAACGCCAGCUAUGAGAGCCAAACCACCAUGGCAGAGAACCUCCAGCAGCAGCUGAGCCAGGCCGACGAGGCCCGCGCCAAGCACAGCCAGCGGGCUGAGGAGUACCGGUGCCUGGUGCAGGACUUGAAGCUGGAGCUGGUGCGAGUGGCUGAGCAGAAGAACAGCAGCAUGAAAGCCCUCGGGACACUGGAGCUGGAGGUGCAGAGCCUGAGGCAGGACACAGCUGCUGAGGUGGAGCAGAAGCAGCUGGAGGUGGCCAAGCUGCAGCAGCUGAUCCAGCAACUGGAGUGCAAGCUCCGGGAGAGCCGCCGGCUGUGUGCGCAGAAGGAGCAGAUCAUGCAGAGGAGGGAUGAACAGCUCCGCCAGGCACAGGCCGCCAUGCGGCAGGCUCGUGGUGCCCUGCAGGAGAAGGGGCUGGAGCUGGAGAAGCAGCGUGCAGAGGCCAGGAGCCUGGCCGCACGCCUGCAGCAGGCCCAGCAGGAGAGGGAGCAGAGCCAGGCGACCAGCGACAGCCUGCAGGAGGAGCUCCAGCUGCUGAGACAGAGCCUGCAGGACAGCCAGCGGCAGCAGCAAGCGGCUGCUCAGGAGCUGGUGCAGCAGGAGGAGCGGCUGCUGCUGGCCCAGAGCAGCCUGCAGAGCACGCAGGAGCAGCUGAGCGAGCGCAUGGCCGAGGUUGUCCGGCUGGAGCAGGCCAGCCGCAGGCUGGAGGGGGAGCGGCAGGCGCUGCAGGAGCAGCUGUCCAGGAGCACGGAUGAGGUGGAGCAGAGCAGGAAGCUGCUGGAGCGCCUGACGGUGGAGCUGGGCCAGUGGAAGCAGAGGCACCAGGUGGCCGUGCAGCAGGGGAUGCAGCAUCAGCACUCAAUGGCCAAGAUGGAGCUGAAACUGGGGAGCAGCCAGGAGCAGGCGAAAGCCCUGCAGCAACAGCUCCAGGAGCAGGAAUCCACCCAGCGGGCCCUGCGGGAGGAGCUGAGCCAGCUGCAGGGCCGGGACGAAGAGCUCCAGCGGCAGCUGCAGGGAGCCCAGGAGAGGGAACGGGUGCUGGCCAGCGAGCGCGAGGAGCUGCAGCGAGAGCUCCACAGCAGCGAGCAAGCGGCCACACGCCAGGAGUCGGCCUUGGCCCAGCUGCAGGCAGAGCUGGGAGCAGCUCAGGCCAGACAGCGGCAAAGCACCCGCAUGCUGACUGCAGCGGAGGAGACCAUCCAGGCCCUGACACUGAGAACUGCCUCCUCUCAAGAGACGCAGAGGGAGGCGCUGGAGAAGCUCAGUGAGACGGCGCAGGACAUGGCGGCCCUGCGGGCGGAGCUGGUGCGGGGACAGGCCAGGGAAGCCCAGCUGGAGGAGGAGACAGCAGCCUGUGAGGAGCGGAUGAGGCAGCUCAACGGGGAGCUGAAGAAGCUGCAGGGUUUCCAGCAGCAGAGCGAGCAGAAGGCCCGGUCCUUCGCGGAGCAGCUGGGGGAGCGGAGCGGCCAAGUACAGCACUGGCAGAGGCGGUCCCAGGAGAAGGCGCAGGCCCUGGCGCAGCGGGAGGAGGACCUGGUCGUAUUCAAGGUGGAACUGGCCUCCUUGAAAGAAAAGCUCCAUGGUGCCGCUGAAGAGAGAGACCGCUUGCAGCAGGAGCUCAAUGGCUUAAGGCAGAAGUUCGUGGCCUCCAGCAGUGAGGCAGAGGCGCUGCGGUCCUCCCUCGGGGCUGCACGCUCAGACAGCCGCCGGCUGCACCAUGAGAGCGAGCUGGUGCUGGCCAACGUCAGCCAGUGGGUGAAGGAGCAAAAGCAAGCAAAUGACAAACUGGGGCACAAGAUCCGGGAGCAGAUCAAGCACAUCGCGCAGCUGACAGGCGAGAAGGACCACCUGCAGGAGGUGCUGGCGAGGCUGCAGCAGGAGAACAGGCACCUGAAAGGCGAAGUGGCCGAGCGGCGCAUUGAGUGUGAGCGGCUGAAGGCUCUGCAGGGCAGCAGCUUAGACACACGGGCUGUGCUUGGGCAGCCAUGGCCCCUGCUCCUGGGCGAGGAGUGAGGUCCCUCCCUCUUCCAGCCUGGCGCCUGCACCAUGGACCCAGCAAGGACUGUACACGGGGCAGGCACGUCCUCUGCACCUACCUCAGCUACCCGCUGCGGGCCCCGGGCCCAGCCUGCACGUGAAAUAAAGCCACGGGCACAGGCUGUCACCCACCACGUCGGCAGGGCAGGGGCUGCACCCCUCAACAAACCCCGCUUGCUGGGAACAGCCCAUGUAUUUCAGCCAUUAAAGGUGUCGCUAGUACAGCCCCCAAUCCCUAGCCAGCGUAGUCACUGCAGCAGCACUGCUCCCUCCUGCCCCUUCCCCCAGCUCAGCCACAUCCUGGGGGGCUGAGCAGCGCAAGACGCACAGGGGGGCUGUUUCCUUUUCUCCCAGGGCCAGGGACCACACUUAGCACCAGGUGCUGGGCGCAGCAGCAGCAGCCCUGAGGCGGAUUCUCUCCCCUCUCCCCCAGGCGAGGAGCUGCAGCUGUGAAUACCAGCCCCUGGCGCAGGCUUGCGGAGCACACUGCGAUUUCUGUGACCAAGGCCCUUCCUCUGACGCCAGGCCACAGGGAGCCCGGCAUUUACCACUGCCUGCUGUCGUAUGACGGCAGAGAUCAGCACAUCCCCUCUUUCCCCGCAGCGACAGCCGGGCUGCUGCCCUCUUCUCAGCCCAGGAAGGGCACCGCUACCUCAGCCUUAGUGGAAGCCAACGGCAACUGGCCGUGCUGGGCCCAGGGCCGGGGCUGCAACCCACAAAUCACUGGCUCUGGGAGGGAGAUGGGACCAGAGUCUGGGGAGGUAGCAGAUGUAGGGACUUCACCUCCCCGCAAGGCUGCAGGUGGGGCGACAGACAGGUGUGCACUGUCUGUGCUGGCGGCACGAUGGGCACAGCUACUGGGCAUCUUGUAUCAGCCCCUCUCGUAGAGCCUUGUGAUGCAGGGGCAGCUGAUCCAGGCCGGAGCCGUGCCGGGUGCACAGGAGCUGGGCCUCACACACAAGAGCUUGGGGCUGCUUCACGCUCACACAGCCUGGUGCAGCCUCCAGUCGUGUUCACACCUGCAGGGGGCCCAGCUCCAGGAAAGGCAGCAGGACCCCGUCAAGCGCAGCACAGGACAAAGCAAGGGC